AUGUCUCUUUCUAAGAAGUUAACUUUGGACAAAGUGGAUGUGAAAGGGAAGCGAGUCGUCAUGAGAGUUGACUUCAAUGUCCCCAUGAAGAAGAACCAGAUUACAAACAACCAAAGAAUCAAGGCCUCUCUCCCAAGCAUCAAGUACUGUCUGGAUAAUGGAGCCAAGUCAGUCGUGCUUAUGAGUCAUUUAGGUAGACCUGAUGGUGUGCCGAUGCCUGAUAAAUACUCCUUGGAGCCUGUUGCUGCUGAACUCAAAUCCUUGUUGGGCAAGGACGUUCUGUUCCUAAAGGACUGUGUGGGUCCGGAAGUGGAGAAGGCUUGCGCCAGCCCAGCCACGGGUACAGUCAUCUUGCUGGAAAACCUGCGCUUUCAUGUGGAAGAAGAAGGGAAGGGCCAAGAUCCUUCUGGAAAUAAACUUAAAGCUGAGCCAGAUAAAAUAGAAGCCUUCCGAGCAUCCCUCUCCAAGCUAGGGGAUGUGUAUGUCAAUGAUGCUUUUGGCACAGCUCACCGGGCCCACAGUUCCAUGGUGGGAGUGAAUCUUCCCCAGAAGGUAUCUGGAUUCCUGAUGAAAAAGGAGCUAGAUUACUUUGCCAAAGCCUUGGAAAACCCAGAGAGACCAUUUCUGGCUAUACUCGGUGGAGCCAAAGUGGCAGACAAGAUCCAACUCAUCAAAAAUAUGCUGGACAAAGUCAAUGAGAUGAUUAUUGGUGGGGGGAUGGCUUACACCUUCCUUAAGGUAUUGAACAACAUGGAGAUUGGUGCUUCCUUGUUCGAUGAAGAGGGAGCCAAGAUUGUCAAAGAAAUUAUGGCCAAAGCUGGAAAAAAUGGUGUGAACAUUACCUUUCCUGUUGACUUUGUCACUGCUGACAAGUUUGAGGAGAAUGCUAAGGUUGGCCAAGCCACUGUAGCAUCAGGGAUACCUGCUGGCUGGAUGGGUUUGGACUGUGGUCCUGAGACCAGUAAGAAGUAUGCAGAUGUGGUGGAGCGAGCCAAGUUAAUUGUGUGGAAUGGACCUGUAGGGGUAUUUGAAUGGGAUGCUUUUGCUAAAGGAACGAAAGCCCUCAUGGAUGAAGUUGUGAAAGCCACUUCCAAGGGCUGUAUCACCAUUAUAGGAGGUGGAGACACUGCUACUUGCUGUGCCAAAUGGAGCACUGAAGAUAAAGUCAGUCACGUGAGCACUGGAGGAGGUGCCAGUCUAGAGCUUCUGGAAGGUAAAGUCCUUCCUGGAGUGAAUGCCCUCAGCAACCUGUAG